CUGACAACAGUGACGUUACGGCCGUUCCUGUUCCUCAAAUUAGUUCUGCUUUUACCGUCUUCAUGUUGCAGCUUCUUUUCUCCGUCUGAAGAGUGAAAGAUGAUGACGCCAAAAGAAAUCCUUCUGAGGACUUUGGAAGAGUUGGGAAAAGAGGAGUUUGAAAAAUUCAAAUGGUUCUUGAACCAGGAAGGGGUCCUAGAAGACUUCAAAUCAAUCCCAAAGUCUCGAUUGGAGGAGGCAAACAGGGUCAACACUGUAGAUCAAAUGGUCCAGAUCUAUGGAACUACAAAUGCCAUUAAAGUCACUGAGAAGGUUUUAAUGAAGAUGAAUAAAAUUGAACUGGUGAGGAAAAUCUCAGGAACCAUCAAAACACCUAAAGAGAUUCUGUCCGGGUGUCAAGACAAACUAAAGUCUAACCUAAAGAAGAGGUUCCAGUGUGUGUCUGAGGGUAUUGCUAAAGCAGGACAGAAAACCCUUCUGAAUGAGAUCUACACAGAGCUGUACAUCACAGAGGGAGGGACUGCAGAGGUCAAUGAUGAACAUGAGGUCAGACAGAUUGAAGCAGCAUCCAGGAAACCAAACAGAGCAGAAACAACCAUCAGACCAGAAGACAUCUUUAAAGACCCAUCUGGAGAAGACAAACCAAUCAGAACAGUGAUGACACUGGGAGUGGCUGGCAUCGGGAAAACAGUGUUAACACAGAAGUUGACUCUGGACUGGGCUGAAGACAAAAGCAACCAGGAUAUCCACUUCAUGUUUCCAUUCACGUUCAGAGAACUGAAUUUACUGACAAAGAGAAAGUUCAGCUUGGUGGAGCUUGUUCAUCACUGUUUCACUGAAACCAAAGCAGCAGGAAUCUGCAGCUUUGAAGACUUCCAGGUUGUGUUCAUCUUUGACGGUCUGGAUGAGUGUCGCCUUCCCCUGGACUUCAAAAACAAUGAGAUCCUGACUGAUGUUACAGAGUCCACCUCAGUGGAUGUGCUGCUGACAAACCUGAUCAGGGGGAAGCUGCUUCCCUCUGCUCGCCUCUGGAUAACCACACGACCUGCAGCAGCCAAUCAGAUCCCUGCUGACUGUGUGGACAUGGUGACGGAGGUCAGAGGGUUCACCGACCCACAGACGGAGGAGUACUUCAGGAAGAGAUUCAAAGACGAGGAGCAGGCCAGCAGCAUCAUCUCCCACAUGAAGACAUCACGAAUCCUCCACAUCAUGUGCCACAUCCCAGUGUUCUGCUGGAUCACUGCUACAGUUCUGGAGAAGCUGCUGAGAUCCAGAGAGGGAGGAGAUCUGCCCAGAACCCUGACUGAGAUGUUCAUCCACCACCUGGUAGUUCAGACCAAAGUCAAGAAGGACAAGUAUGACAGAGGAGCUGAGACAGAUCUAGACACCAGGAGGAUGAUUGAGUCUCUGGGAAAACUGGCUUUUGAGCAGCUGCAGAAAGGAAAACUGAUCUUCUAUGAGUCCGACCUGACAGAGUGUGGCAUCGAUAUGGAAGCAGCCUCAGUGUACUCAGGAGUGUUCACACAGAUCUUUAAAGAGGAGAGUGGACUGUACCAGGACAAGGUGUUCUGCUUCGUACAUCUGAGCAUUCAGGAGUUUCUGGCUGCAGUCUACAUGUUCCACUGUUACACCAACAGGAACCAGAAGGUUCUGGAGGACUUCCUGGGAAAAGACUGGAAAUACUAUAACAAUGACACUCUGGAUGUGUUCAUGUACAGAGUCAUGGAGAAAUCCCUCAGCAGUAAAAAUGGUCACCUAGACCUGUUUGUUCGCUUCCUUCAUGGCCUCUGUCUGGAGUCCAACCAGAGACUGUUAGGAAAUCUGCUGGGUUGGACAGAGAACCGUCCAGAAAUGAUCCAGAGAGUCACCAGCAACCUGAAAACGAUGAACAGUGAUAAAAUAUUGUGGAACUGCAAGUUGUCAGAGAUCAGCUGUGAUUCUCUGGUCUCAGCUCUGAAGUCCAACCCCUCCCAUCUGGAACAUCUGAACCUGAGUGGAAACAACCUGCAGGAUUCAGGAGUGAAACAUCUGUGUGGUUUUCUGGAGAGUCCAGACUGCAUCCUGAAGACUCUGGGAUUGGAUGGCUGCAGUUUGUCAGAGAUCAGCUGUGAUUCUCUGGUCUCAGCUCUGAAGUCCAACCCCUCCCAUCUGGAACAUCUGAACCUGAAUGGAAACAAUCUGCAUGAUUCAGGAGUGAAACAUCUGUGUGGUUUUCUGGAGAGUCCAGACUGCAUCCUGAAGGAUCUGGGAUUGGAGGGCUGCAGUUUGUCAGAGAUCAGCUGUGAUUCUCUGGUCUCAGCUCUGAAGUCCAACCCCUCCCAUCUGGAACAUCUGCACCUGAGCUACAACAAUCUGCAUGAUUCAGGAGUGAAACAUCUGUGUGGUUUUCUGGAGAGUCCAGACUGCAUCCUGAAGACUCUGGAAUUGGAGUACUGCAGGUUGACAGAGAUCAGCUGUGAUUCUCUGGUCUCAGCUCUGAAGUCCAACCCCUGCCAUCUGGAACAUCUGGACCUGAGAGGAAACAACCUGCAGUAUUCAUCAGUGAAACAUCUGUUUGAUCUUAAGGAGAAUCCAGACUGCAGCCUGAAGACUCUGAGAUGGGAGUGAUGCUGAUCAGGACGGUGUUUGUGGUGAGAGGAUGAAGUGUGUCCUGAUGAUCCAGAGGUUGAAGCAGCAGCAGCUGGUGUGUAGAGACUCUGACUGGACCAUGUUACUGGGAGGUGGACUGGGAACCAGUGUAAAGUGUUGUUAUCACUGUGUAGUUUAGUGUUGCAGCUCCACACUGUGAAUGAUGGAGAACUGCAGUUAAUGUUGACAUGAAACGUUGGAGGUUGAUGUCAGGUUGCAGAGUGUGCAGUAAGUUUCAGGAUGUUUGUGUCAGUGCAGGAUUAUAUUUCAGUUGACUUUCUAUUUCCAGCUGCAGUCAAAGUUGUUGAGCUUCUCUACCUGCAACACACUGAGCUGAUGAGAACAAAGUGUCCUGGAAACAUGUCAGCUGAAGCCUUGGAGCCCAGAGAGAGUUUAAUGAAGCACAUUUUAGUGGGUUUUGAUCACAUCAUGUUGAGGAGACAAACAGCUCUGAAGAUGAAUCCAGUUUAGUCCUCAAAGGUCCAGAAGCAGCUUGUUGAGCUCAGAGUUCAUAUUUAAUGUCAACAUCCUUUGACCUUUCUGAGCUCCAGUAAAUGUUUCUUCUAGUUUCUCUCUUCUUCACCUUCACUCGGUUCCUCAUGUUCAGAAGCUUCCAGAUCACUGAUAUUCUUUGUUUUCUGAGCUGCUGCUUUCUUUAAAUCCCUCCAAAGAUUUUAACUGGGAUUAAAUCCAGGACUGAAACGAACCUCCAGGACUUUCCAGGAAGGAUUCCUGAAGCAGGCUUUGGUGGACGUUUGCUUUGGAUGCUGGUCCUGCUGAAAGUCCAGUGAGCUUCAGUUUCCUCACAUUGUUCUUGUAACUGUCCUGGUGUUUGAGAGAAUCCAUGCUGCUGCUCACAUGCUCCAGUUUAGCAGCUUCAAAGCCACCAACAGGACUGUUGAUGCUGUUCUUCUGGUCCUUCUGCCUCCAGACGUUCUGCCCAAACAGUCCACUUUAGUCUCAUCAGUCCAUCAGACUCCCACAACUCUGCUUUGUUCCAACAUGAAGAUCUUGUUGCUCAGUGUUGUCAGACUUUAGUUUCUGCCUUCAUCAGGUCGUGCAGCUCUUGACCAAUAAAACAGGUUUUCUACCAGCUGCUGCUGUCAAACAUCUGCUUCCUCUUGGACAGAUUUUGUCCAGUCUGAUUUAUUGACUCAGUUCAUCCACAUGAGAUUUCUCCUGCUCCAUUCUUCAAAUGAGCCAGAAAAUCUUCAAGUCUUCAUCAACACUCAGUCUCCUGGUGAACUCCAAGUAUUUUCUAUCCUCAGACUUAAUAAAGAACAAAACACCAAAGUCAGAGUCCAAGUCAGUCAGAGUCAGAUGAAGUCUGAGAUUUACUGUCAUUUCAGCUCCAUGCAGCAAACAGAGGCUGGUUCAUGAACACAGACUCUGAUUCUGAGCUGAAAAUCCACUUUUUUACCCUCUGACUGAUAUCUGUCCACUUGGAGCCUCAGUUCCAGGUUUUCAGUCCUUCAUCUGUUUCUGGGGAUGUUCCAGCGUUAUCUUUUAGUUUAUCAUGACCUCAUCUUUGGUAAUGAUUCAGUCUAACAUUUUUACAAUCAUAAUCAUGAAACAUAAUCCUAAUCAUCUUGUAAAUAA